UGUGUGUGUUGUUGUGUUGUGUUGUGUGUGUGUUUUAUUUUCUGCCCAACUCCCGGCAGGAAGAGAGCAGCUCUCGGGCUCAGACCCAACAUGGGUUAGAAAAGAGAGAAGCCACCGAUGGAUUAUCCACUUUGUGCACUUCAGCGAGGAUGAUGGAGGAGGAGGAGGGGGGGAGGACAUGGACUUGUUUUCGCAGAGACAUCCUGACAAAGACGCGGACUGAGCGGGACUAGAGACCCGGGAUCCGCUGCCCUCUCCGCUUUUUUUUUUUUUUUUUCCCCAUUUUUUAUUUUUAUUUUUUGUUCUGUUGUUUCCUGCCUGUGUGUUCGAGAAAUGUUUGCAGAAUUGCUGUGCGGCGCCGUGGCUCUGGUCCUCUAUGUCAACACUCUGGGCGCCGAUUUCUGCUACGAUGACAGCCGUGCAAUCAAGACCAAUCAGGACCUGCUUCCAGAGACCCCCUGGACCAACAUCUUCUACGAUGACUUCUGGGGCACCUUGCUCACACACAGCGGCAGCCAUAAGUCCUACCGACCCCUCUGCACCCUCUCCUUCCGCCUGAACCAUGCUGUGGGUGGGCUGGAGCCGUGGGGUUACCACCUGGUGAACGUGGCCUUCCACGGGGCUGUGACCGGCCUGUUCACCUCCCUGGCUCGCCUGCUGCUCGGAGGAGGACUGUGGAGCCUACUGGCCGGCCUGCUCUUCGCCUCCCACCCCAUCCACACCGAGGCGGUGGCGGGCGUUGUCGGGCGGGCCGAUGAAGGCGCUGCCCUGUUCUUCCUGCUGUCCCUGCUGUGCUACAUACGCCACUGCAGGCUGCGGGGCCACGCCGAGUCGUGGCGGCUCGCGGCCUGGUUCGUCGGCAGCUUGGGCUGCGCCGCUUGCAGCAUGCUGUGGAAGGAGCUGGGCGUGACGGUCCUGGCCGUAUCAGCGCUGUAUGAUGUCUGCGUUUUCCACAAGCUCAAGUUGCGACAGGUCAUCGCGCUGCUUUACAAGAGGAAGAACGUCCACCUGCUGCUCAACGUCUUUCUGCUGGCGGCCUGGGGAGUCGUCCUGCUGGCCUGCCGCUUCUACUGGAUGGGCAACAAACCCCCAAACUUCUCCAACUCGGACAACCCGGCGGCCGACUCGCCCUCGCUCCUCACCAGGACGCUGACCUUCUUCUACCUGCCUGCCAUCAACUUCUGGCUCCUCCUCUGUCCGGACAUGCUCAGUUUCGACUGGUCGAUGGACGCCUUGCCUCUGAUCAGGAGCCUUGCUGAUCUGAGGAACUUCCACACGGCGGUCUUCUACCUGGGGCUGCUGUCGCUGGCUUGGUUCAGCCUGUGGACGCAGCAGACGGUCAAGGGCAAGGACGCUAACGGCAAGGCGCAUCACUACACCAACGGCAGAAAUGGGAACAGUAACGGACACAGCUACCAGUACAACAAUCACGAACACACGAACCACACAGAUGCUCAGAACCAUAGUGCACAGAAUGGUACCAAACAGCACUAUGAGAGCAGGACUCCACUGCCCACCACUGAGAACGUGGUGGUGUUCUCUCUGGGCCUCCUGGCUAUCCCUUUUCUACCUGCCACAAACUUGUUUUUCUAUGUGGGCUUUGUGAUAGCAGAGAGAGUACUGUACAUCCCCAGCAUGGGCUUCUGCCUGCUGGUUGCGGUGGGGAUCAGGUCCCUGUACAUCCGGAUGCGACGCCGGUCCUCCAGGACCACGCUGGUGUACUUCAGCGCGGCCCUGGUUCUGCUUUUUGGCGUCAAAACUGUUCUGAGGAACCGGGACUGGCAGAAUGAAGAGAUGCUCUACAAGUCAGGGAUUUAUGUCAAUCCUGCUAAAGCAUGGGGCAACCUUGGAAACGUGCUGAAGAGCCAAGGGAAGAUGGAGAAGGCCGAGCAGGCAUACAGGAAUGCCCUCUACUACCGCAGCAACAUGGCCGACAUGCUGUAUAACCUCGGUUUGCUGCUGCAGGAGAGCAACAAGUUCUCCGAGGCGCUCCACUACUAUAAGCUGGCCAUUGGGAGCCGGCCAACUCUGGCUUCGGCCUACUUGAACACGGGCAUCAUCCUGAUGAACCAGGCUCGCCUAGACGAGGCCAAGCGCACCUUCCUGACCUGUGCCGAUAUCCCAGAUGAGAACCUGAAGGACCCUCAUGCCCACAAGAGCUCCGUCACCAGCUGCCUGUAUAACCUGGGCAAGCUGCUCCAUGAGCAGGGACACCAGGAGGAGGCCCUCUCGGUGUUUAAAGAAGCAAUACAGAAAAUGCCAAGACAAUUUGCACCACAGAGCCUCUACAACAUGAUGGGAGAGGCCUACAUCCGACUGAACAAGCUGACCGAAGCUGAACACUGGUACCGAGAGUCGCUGCGAGCCAAGCCGGACCAUAUUCCUGCACACCUCACCUACGGCAAGCUGCUGGCCAUGACGGGGCAGAAAACAGAAGCGGAGAGGUACUUCCUGAAGGCCAUCCAGCUCGAUCCCACAAAAGGCAACUGCUACAUGCAUUAUGGUCAGUUUUUGUUGGAAGAGUCGCGGCUGCUGGAAGCAGCAGAGAUGGCAAAGAAAGCUGCACGCCUUGACAGUGGGGAGUUUGAUGUGGUCUUCAGUGCAGCCCACAUGCUCAGACAAGCCAGCCUAAAUGAGGCAGCGGAGAAGUAUUACGGACAAGCAGCGAGCCUGAGACCCAACUACCCCGCUGCCUUGAUGAACCUCGGGGCAAUCCUCCACCUCAAUGGGAAACUGCAAGAAGCUGAAGCCAAUUACCUCCGAGCACUUCAACUGAAACCCGAUGACACCAUCACCCAGUCCAAUCUGCGUAAGCUGUGGAACAUUAUGGAGAAACAGGGCCUGAGGACGGCGAGCCCCUGAGCUCACCCGGCCGCCCGCCUACCUGCCAUCUGCGCACCAGACCCGAGGACGAGGACGGCCUACGUGCUGCUCGUUCGCUCUUCUGGUCCGGGAGCGACGGAGGAGACUCAGGGAGGAUGUUUGCUCAGAGAGGCCACGACGGUGCUGCAGAGUCCUCCUCAUGACUCCUGAGCUCCACAUGCACCUCAGGCCAGCAGCUCUCCUCACUAGCAUCGCUCACACUUUGGCUACGUGGUAUCUGGACUCUAAAACUUUCUUCAAAACUCGUGCUCACGCAGAAUUCAUGUGUUUUUCUUUUUUUACUUUCCUUUUUUUUCCUUUUAUCAUCAGAGCACUUGAACUUGAAGCAGGUACAUCCUUCAGCAUUUGUGAUGAAUUACACUUUUAAAUAAGCAGUUACCUUGUAAAGGGUGAAACAAGGCCCCCAGUAGUGCAAGGUGAAAUACGAAAGAGAGAAAAGACCCAGAGUUCUGGGUUUGACCAGAAUUUCUAUUUUGAUAAUGAAGAAAAUGAGGUAAUAUGAAGAACCACAUCCAGAACCUCCGUAUUAAUCAUGUUAGUCAGGUUUAUACCAUUUAAAUCUCCAAUCUGUGUUGUUUUUUCCACAUCCUCUAUUGAUUUGAGAUCACACACACCUCAGUGAAGAAAAAUGAGCACCAUUAUUGCAAAACAUCUGUAGCAGAGCUUCAGUACAAACUUGAAAAAGGGAAAUUAAUUCUUUAGCCAUUGUAGCGUAGCCUCCAGAAAGGCUGGAGUUUGCCAAAUGCAGCAUGUUUUGGCAAGAAAACUCUAAAAGCAAAGGAAACUCACAGAGUAAGUGGUGCGAAAGUGUAGCAUCCAGGUGGAGUUUAUCAUUCCAGCUUACUGUUCUGCACUGGGAAGGUUUAUCCUCGUCAACAACAAUGAGAAGCUAAUGAAUAGAAACUUUAAGCUACCGUCUCGUGGAAGUCACAAAUGGGGCAGGUACUGUAGUCGUGGGUACGCCGCCUUCCCUCGAGCUUCGACAGAUGAAGGAGCUCUUUCUAACCAAAUACAAAAGCUAUGCUGAUGCACACCUUCCAAUCACGGGACGGUGCGCGGCCGCGGCACGUCGGAGGGAAAUGUUUUAAUGCCUUUGUGUUGGAAUAAAGUAAUUUCAAUGUGUUUGUAUAAAUGAAUCCUAAUAUAUUACCUACGUUGUGUAUAGUAUACAGAAAAAAAAAAUCACGCAGCAAAAAAGUAGCCGGACAUCAAGCGGAAGUGUUACGACACAAAUAUCUCCCGUUGGCUCUCAGUCUUAAGGUCUCAUUUGUACAUAUUCUGUGUAAUUAACAUCUGUUUGUUUGUUUGUUUAUUGUCGUCAGCAUACAGUAAGUGAAACAGCACCUUCCCGGAAAUAUGUACAGUGUUUGUGAUCAUUUGUUUGUUAUCGGCCACGAAGCUCCUCCACCUCCCAUCCGUGUCCUCCUCAGUUCGUCGUAACUUAUUGCUCCGUGUUACCUAGCAACAGAACCAGCUGGCACUGUGUUUUAAGAUGAAGGAAGUUAGUUAGAAGGACGAUGUGAUGUAUAUGUUUGUGGUCAUUACUGAGUAAAAUCUCCAAAUACACUUUAUGUGGCGAGUACGGAGUAACAUCUGCAACGGAGGGUCAAGAUGUUUGAAUAUGUGUCACUUGUCGCUGUUCUGUUUUUCCACGACGAUGGUGAUGUUGAUAGUCAAAGUUCACACUCAUUCCCACUAAUCACACACCCCACAAUCAAAAUGUGCUAAAUCUUCUCCUGUGUGUAUAUAAAGUGUUUAUGAAGAAAACACUGAUAAUUGUCAUUUGCUUGAGUGAAGGUGUAAAAAGUAAAAAGAAAAAAAGAAAAAGAAGAAGCAGCGUUUCACUCUGUGUCUCUGCUCAGGGAUCUCAGGCAGUGGGCUAUCGCAGACACUUGUUCACAGAGCGUUUACUAAAUUAAAAUUUAUUUUUGAAAGUUGUCGUAUUUGUAUAAAUUAUCGAGAUUUGUAGCCUUUUUCUCCUUUUUGUAAUAUAAAAAUGAACAAUGUGCCAGAAUAGACUUCUUUUCUUCCCGAUGUUGCUUUUUUUCCACAAUAAAUUUAUGGUGUUUCUGCUUU